GUGUAAGACAGAGCGAUGUUAUAUCCCUGAAACUUCACCGCUACAUUGGAAGACGUUUUCAAGCUACUGGACUGGAAAGUAUACGGUAUUAACAUCAAUGGCGAGUACAUCACUCACCUUCGAAUUGCCGACGAUAUAGUCCUUAUGGCAGAAUCGCUGGAGGACCUAAGCACUAUGCUCAAUGACCUCAAUAAUGUCUCCCAACGGAUAGGCCUUAAGAUGAACAUGGACAAAACAAAGAUCAUGUUUAAUGUCCAUGUCACACCUAUGCCGGUAGUUGUUGGAGGCACUAAGCUCCAAGUUGUUGACGAGUAUGUUUACCUGGGACAAAUAGUCGGAUUAGGUAAGUCCAACUUUAACCGAGAGGUCAAUCGACGGAUUCAACUCGGUUGGGCAGCGUUCGGGAAAUUACGGCACAUCUUCUCGUCAGGUAUACCUCAAAACUUGAAAACGAGAUUGUACCACCAGUGCGUGUUGCCAGUGAUGACCUAUGGAACUGAGACGUGGCGCUUCACUGCUGGCCGGAUGAGGAAGCUCAAGGUUGCUCAGCGAGCUAUGGAGAGGGCUAUGCUCGGAGUUUCUCUGCGUGAUAAACUUAGAAAUGAGGAUAUCCGCAGUAGAGCCAGAGUGACCGACAUAGCCCAACGGAUUAGUAAGCUGAGGUGGCAAUGGGCCGGCCAUAUAGCUCGAAGAACCGACAACCGACGGGGAAAAAAGGUUCUCGAGUGGCGGCUUCCUACCGGCGGACGAAGUGUAGGGCGUCCCCCCACUAGAUGGAGUGCCGACCUGGUAAGACAUGCAGGAAGUCAUUGGACGCAGGUGGCUCAGGACCGUGCUUUGUGGCAUUCCUUGGGGGAGGCCUAUAUUCAGCAGUGGACUUGUGAAGGGCUGUAAUGAUGAUGAAUUAUAGGACCCCAAGCAGAUGGCAGCACCCAUCCAUCUUCUCUAUUGAAAUUAAGUUGUUUUUUUAUUUCAAUAGCCUCGCGAAUCAUACUUGGUAGAAAUCGGUGUUCUUUUGCGAGGAUUUGUAGUCUAUCAAAUCUAAUGUAAUGGCGGGGACGAUCUUGAACAUGUUCACAUACUGCAGACUUCCCGGAACGUCGGUACUUCAAGUCAGCUAUGUGUUCUAUAGCUGACUUGAAUUCGCGGGUAUAGACGUUCCUGUCGCUGCUGCCCAUCUCCUGAUGUGUUUCACUCUGUCGUCUCUUACGACACCCACGGGACGAUAUGGGGUAGUGGAUAUUCUUACACCGUUUCUACACGGACAUCACUUAAAACUUAAUUAAACAUUUGUUAGUGUUCCCUGACUGAGUUCAAACUCAGGUUGCUUGCGGAUUAUUUUUAAUGCUACUUGUUAGGACUAAAGACUUUACGUGCUUUUCGAGGCACUGGGGUUAAGCAUCGCUAACUUCCUAAUUCCAGGCUGCUUCGAUACAUGACAGGAAACUCCUAUACAUAAGUGAUUUUGGCCUGACCCGGAACCAUAUGAUUAGAAGUCACACUUACGACAACGAGUACUAAUGAGGCAGUUAGUUAGACUCUUUCGUUGAUUAAAAUAUUAAAUGCUGGCUGAUACAUGUAUGAAACCACUUAGAACUGGUUAGAACUGUACGUUACUACGUUUUCCUCGGAAUUAAGUAAGCUUUUGUGCAAAACACUGAUUUCAUCAUGUAGCUUGAUUCCCUUAUAUGUAUAUGCGAAUCAAAAUUUAUCAGUGGUAUUAAUAAUAAUACCUUCAAGUUAUCUAUUAAAACUUAAAUUUAGUAUGUACAUGAAAAAAAUUAUAACUACAUAUAUUAAUAUAAAUAAAAAAAUUAUGCAGGAAUCUAUCCAGGAGGCUGUGUCCAAAGCAUGUAAUAGUCUACCCGAGUCAGUCAACAGCGAGUGCAAACAGUUCGUCACUGAGUACGGCAAAGCAAUAAUUGCAUUGCUUGUGCACGAAAUCGACCCAUCUAGUGUGUGCCCUGCUUUAGGGCUUUGUCCACAGACGGAGGAAGUGCGCCACGUCUCCAUUAACUCUGAGAAGUCCAACUGUCCGCUCUGCUUGUUCGCAGUCGAGCAACUCGAGACUAUGCUAAAGAACAAUCGCAGUGAGGUAUUUCUCUACAACGAUAUUUAUUAACUCAUAAAAAUUUAGAUCAAUUUAAAAAAAUAAAAAUACUCUCUCCCUUUUUACUACAUAACAAUCGAAAGAGACAGGUAUAGAGAUAAUUAAUACUGAAUUUAAGUAAGCGAUAAUCAAUCAACGUUUGAUGGGAGUAAGGCAUCUAGAUGUUAGGACUGCUUUUCAGUCUUCCUAGACUCCUAUCCGUUUGGGAGGGUACUACCCUCUUACCUAUUUCUGUCGUCAAGCAACAGUAAGCGUACCGCUGCUGAGUUUCGAUCUGAAGGUAUAGAUAGUCAGUCUAAUUGCAGUCUGUAAGGCAUCCCGCCUUAAUACUCGGAAAUGACAAAGCAUGGGCGGCAGUAGCCACUGAACUCUUUAAGUUUGUUCGUCACUUCAUUAUUAUAAAAAAAAUGAGACGUGGGUGUGUCGUGAACACGGCCGUGUUUGUUGCGUGAAUACGUGUACAUAACGUCAAAGUUCAUAUUAAAAAGAAAUUAUGUGACAUCGAAACGACCUCAAAAUGUGUCCUCCACUCAACAUAACGAAUUUUUUGAUCCCAUCCUAUCCUAUCCUAUAUUUCUUAUUUUGAGCUAUCGAGUGGUGUAAUUAAAUUUUGUAUGUAGAUGAUAGAUAGUAUACACACAAAAUUGUAUUUGGGAAAACUAUGUUUGUUUGUAUGUAACAAACGAGCUAAGUGUCCAUGUGAUGGCACAUGCAUGGUACAGCAGGCCAUUUUUUUUUUUUAUAGGAGAGGGUGACAAACGAGCACACAGUCCACCCGAUGGUAAGUGGUUACUGUGACCCAUAGACAUCUACAUCUAUCCUCAAUAAAGUUUCAAGAUGCAGAUGCGUUGUCACCCGUGAGGACUAAAUUGGAAUGCCUCUUUGCCAGUAAAAAGGGUGUCCGGUUCUCUACACUCACCAUACGAAACACAGCAGCGUAAGACUGCUAUUUUACGCUGGUUUUCUGUGAGAGCGUGGUCCUUCCCCGGUCGAGCCGACCCAUUCGUGCUACAACUAUAGUACUAAUAUAGCUGCAGCAUGGCUCUACCACGUAUAAAAGUGGCGUGGUAAAAAAUGGCCAUGGACAUUUGCAAGAAAAGAAACAAAGUCUUCUACAGAUGCGUUGUCUUUAAUGAAAUACCUCACAUUCUGUAAUCAUACUGGUUUACCCUUCAACCCGAAAUAGACAUGUGUCACCAUCAUUAUAGGUUCCGUCACGUAAAAAGAGCGCUGGCCUCGUACCUCGCACUGAGCGAUUUUUCGAUCAAAUUGGUGGUAUGAAGGGGGCGCGACGGGGGAAUGUUCGCCAGUAUUAUUGUGCGCGCACGCUAUUGGUUCGGCAGUUGACCCAUGUUUCCCGCGCUUCCUUCGAUCCCAAGAAUACAGUUGCACACCCAACUUUCUAUGCACGACGCGUGACGAAGGUUU